AUGUCUGUUGUGGGCAUUGAUAUGGGUACGCUCAACAGCGUCAUUGCUGUUGCGCGUAACCGUGGUGUCGAUGUGAUCGCAAACGAAGUCUCCAACCGCGCGACACCGUCGCUGGUUGGUUUUGGACCUAAGAGCAGAUACAUUGGCGAGGCCGCAAAGAACCAGGAAAUCUCCAACCUCAAGAACACCGUCUCGUCGUUUGUCCGCCUCGCCGGCCGCUCCCUCAACGACCCCGAUGUCCAGGUCGAGCAGGACUUCGUCUCGGCCCCGCUUGUCGACAUCAACGGCCAGGUCGGUGCUGAGGUCAGCUACCUGGGCAAGAAGGAGCAGUUCACUGCCACCCAGAUCACAGCCAUGUACCUGACCCGCAUGCGCGCAACUGCAUCCACAGAGCUCAAGCUGCCCGUCAACGAUGUUGUGCUGUCUUGCCCCGUCUGGUACACCGACGCCCAGCGCCGCGCACUGCUCGACGCUGCUCAGAUUGCCGGCCUCAACUGCUUGAGGCUGAUCAACGACAACACGGCUGUCGCUCUCGGCUACGGCAUCACAAAGCUCGACCUCCCCACAGCAGAAGAGAAGCCCAAGCGCGUCUGCUUUGUCAACAUCGGCCACAGCAACUACACAGCGACCGUCGUUGAGUUCAAGAAGGGAGAGCUCGCAGUCAAGUCGAGCGCGUGGGACCGCCACUUCGGUGGUCGUUACAUCGACAAGGCCCUCGUUGAGCACUUCGCCAAGGAGUUUGACGAGAAGUACAAGAUCAACGUCAUGGAGAACGGCAAGGCUCGUUUCCGUCUGGCUGCUGGUGUUGAGAAGCUCAAGAAGGUUCUCUCCGCAAACAACAUGGCUCCCAUCAACGUUGAGUCGAUAAUGAACGACGUCGACGUGCGCGGUAUGCUCAAGCGCGAGGAGCUCGAGGAGCUUAUCAAGCCCCUUCUGGAGCGUGCUACUGCUCCUAUCGAGCAGGCGCUUGCCGAGGCCAAGCUCAAGCCCGAGGACAUUGACCACGUCGAGAUGGUCGGUGGUUGCACACGUGUUCCUUCCCUCAAGGCCGCGAUCCAGGAGUACUUCGGCGGCAAGACUCUUUCCUUCACGCUCAACCAGGACGAGGCCGUCGCACGUGGUUGCGCUUUCAGCUGCGCCAUCCUCUCCCCCGUGUUCCGUGUCCGUGACUUCUCUAUUCACGACAUGGUCAACUACCCGAUCGAAUUCACUUGGGAGAAGUCGGAGGACAUCCCCGACGAGGAUACCAACCUCACAGUCUUCAACAAGGGCAACGUUAUGCCAUCCACUAAGAUCCUCACUUUCUACCGAAAGCACGCUUUCGACCUGGAGGCCAAAUACGCCAAGCCUGAGCAGCUGCCCGGCAAGGCCAACCCAUGGAUCGGUCGUUUCUCUGUCAAGGGCGUCAAGGAGGACCCCAAGGGUGACUUCAUGAUCUGCAAGCUCAAGGCUCGCCUGAACAUUCACGGUGUUCUGAACGUCGAGUCUGGGUACUAUGUCGAGGAGGUCGAGGUCGAGGAGCCCAUUCCCGAGCCCGAGGGCGAGAAGAAGGAGGGUGAAGUACGUGUUCCAGCUUCCCCCAUUGAUUUUGAAGGCAACGAGCGAUCCAUCGAAGAGCCUGCAGCCAAACGGCGCAAGCCCAGCUCUGAACCUGUACUUGCGCGUCCUGCUUCUGCGACCGUUGAACAAGAGCUAACAAUUGACACGCAGAUGGACGUCGAUAAGGAGAAGGAGCCCCCAAAGAUGCGCAAGGUUAAGAAGCAGCAGAGGAAGGGCGAUCUUCCCCUGUCGGCAGGCACAGCUUCGCUCGAUGACUCCACCAAGAGCCUUCAGGCCGAGCGUGAGAACGCUAUGAUUAUGGAGGACAAGCUUGUUCAGGACACUGAGAACGAGAAGAACAACCUGGAGAGCAUGAUCUACGAGCUCAAGGACAAGAUCAUCGACCAGUACGCUGAGUUUGCCAGCGACGACGAGAAGUCAAGACUCACCGCCAAGCUCGAGCAGAUUGAGGACUGGCUGUACGAAGAUGGUGAGGACGCCUCCAAAGCACAAUACGUCUCCAAGAAGGAGGAUAUCCGCUCGAUCGCCGGACCCAUCGUACAGCGCUACAACGACAAGCUCCAGGAGGAGGAGUCGAAAAAGCGUGAGAAAUGGGAGAAGGAGGCCGCCGCAAAGCAGGCUGAGAUCGAGCGUCAGAAGCGCGAGGCCGAGUCCAAGAAGGAUGGCCAAGCUCCUCAGACAGAAGAGAAAGAUACCGAAAUGGCAGAUGCCGAGACAACCAAGCCUGACUCUGUCGAGGAGUCGUAA